CCGGAAGCGGAAGCGCCGGCUCAAGACGCGGCGCGGGCGGCGGGCGCGUGGCGGCACGAUGAAGUUCUCGUACCGGUUCUCGAAUCUGCUGGGCACCGUCUACCGCCGUGGGAACCUGAGCUUCACGUGCGACGGGAACUCGGUGAUCAGCCCCGUGGGCAACAGAGUCACGGUGUUCGACCUGAGAAACAACAGAUCCGAAACUCUGCCACUGGCCACCCGCUACAACGUCAAGUGUGUGGGCCUCUCCCCAGAUGGCCACCUGGCCAUCAUCGUGGACGAAGGUGGGGAUGCGCUGCUGGUAAGCCUGCCUCACAGGGCCGUACUCCACCGCUUCCACUUCAAGGGCUCCGUCAGCAGUGUCUGCUUCUCCCCAGAUGGCAGGAAGUUUGUGGUCACCAAGGGCAACUUGGCCCAGCUGUACCAUGCCCCCGGGAGGAAGCGGGAGUUCAAUGCCUUCGCCCUGGACAAAACCUACUUUGGGCCCUUCGACGAGACCACGUGCAUCGACUGGACAGACGACUCCAAGUGUUUCGCCGUUGGGAGCAAGGACAUGUCCACCUGGGUGUUCGGAGCUGAGCGCUGGGACAACCUAAUCUACUACGCGUUGGGGGGCCACAAGGACGCCAUCGUGGGCUGCUUCUUCGAGUCCUGCAGUCUGGACCUAUACACGCUCAGCCAGGACGGCGCCCUGUGUGUGUGGCAAUGCGACACGCCCCCCGAGGGCCUGCGGCUGAAGGCCCCCUCUGGCUGGAGGGCCGAUGUGCUGCUGGGGGACGUGGGGGACGAGAGCGAGCAGGAGGCCGAGACCACCGUCCAGGGGAAGGCCACACCGGCCGCCGAGGAGCAGCAGGGCAAAGUGAAGUACUCGCGGCUGGCCAAGCACUUUUUCAACAAAGAAGGCGACUUCAACCAGCUGACGGCCGCAGCCUAUCACAAGAAGACUCACCUCUUGGUCACUGGCUUUGCUUCUGGGACCUUCCACCUCCACGAGCUCCCGGAGUUCAACCUCAUCCACUCCCUGAGCAUCUCGGAUCAGAGGAUCACCUCAGUGGCCAUCAACAGCUCCGGGGACUGGGUGGCCUUCGGGUGCUCAGGCCUGGGCCAGCUGCUGGUGUGGGAGUGGCAGAGCGAGUCCUACGUGCUCAAGCAGCAGGGCCACUUCGACAGCAUGGUGGCGCUGGCCUAUUCCCCUGACGGCCAGUACCUGGUCACCGGCGGUGAUGACGGCAAGGUGAAGGUCUGGAACACCCUCAGCGGCUUCUGCUUUGUCACAUUCACGGAGCACACGAGCAGCGUCACUGGGGUGACCUUCACAGCCACCGGCCACGUAGUGGUCACCUCGUCCAUGGACGGGACUGUGCGUGCCUUUGACCUCCACAGGUACCGGAACUUCCGCACCUUCACGUCCCCACGGCCCACCCAGUUUUCUUGCGUGGCCGUGGACUCGAGUGGGGAGAUCGUGGCCGCCGGCGCCCAGGACUCCUUUGAGAUCUUCAUCUGGUCCAUGCAGACGGGCAGGCUCCUGGAUGUUCUCUCGGGCCACGAGGGCCCCAUCAGCGGGCUCUGCUUUAGCCCCGCCAGGUCGGUCCUGGCCAGCUCCUCGUGGGACCGCACGGUGCGCCUGUGGGACAUGGCCGACAGCUGGCGGACCACUGAGACGCUGGCACUGACCUCGGACGCGCUGGCCGUGACCUACCGCCCUGACGGUGCCGAGCUGGCUGUGGCCACCCUGAACUCGCAGAUCACCUUCUGGGACCCCGAGGGCGCCACCCAGACGGGCUCCAUUGAGGGCCGGCACGACCUGCGGCCCGGCAGGAAGGAGCUGGACAAGAUCACGGCCAAGCACGCUGCCAAGGGGAAGGCCUUCACCACCCUCUGCUACUCUGCGGACGGCCAGUAUGUGCUGGCGGGCGGCAUGUCCAAGUUCGUAUGCAUUUACCACAUCCGAGAGCAGAUCCUCAUGAAGAAGUUCGAGGUGUCCCAAAACCUCUCCCUGGACGCCAUGGAGGAGUUCCUGAACCGGAGGAAGAUGACGGAGUUUGGCAACUUGGCGCUCAUCGACCAGGACGCCGGGGCGGACGAGGGCGUGGCCAUUCCCCUGCCAGGGGUGAAGAAAGGGGACAUGAGCUCCCGGCACUUCAAGCCUGAGAUCAGGGUCACCUCGCUCCGCUUCUCCCCAACUGGGCACUGCUGGGCAGCCACCACCACCGAGGGCCUCCUCAUCUACUCCCUGGACACGCAGCUGCUCUUCGACCCCUACCAGCUGGACACCAGCGUCACCCCCGCCCGGGUGCGGACAGCCCUGCGCCAGCGUGAUUUCACCAGGGCCCUGCUCAUGGCACUGCGGCUGGGCGAGCGGCCACUGGUGCAGGAGGCCCUGGAGGCCGUGCCCUGGGGCGAGAUCGAGGUGGUUGCUUCCUCCCUGCCUGACCUGUACGUGGAGAAGGUUCUGGGCUUCCUGGCUCCCGCCCUGGAGGUGUCUCGCCACCUGGAAUUCUACCUCUUGUGGGCUCAGAAGCUGCUCAUGCUGCACGGACAGAAGCUCAAGGCCAGGGCAGGGACGCUGCUGCCCACCAUCCAGUUCCUGCAGAAGAGCCUCCAGCGGCACCUGGACAGCGUCUCCAAACUCUGUGAUUGGAACCGUUACAACAUCCGCUAUGCACUGGCACUGUCACAGCAGCGUGGCCUGAAGCGCCCAUCUGAGCCGCUGGACAGUGAGGAGGACGCCGAGGAGGACGAGGACAGCCUGUGCCUCCUUCGGACAGCAGACGGGGACCUAGGGAAUGGCCUGCUGGCAUAGGGCCCCAGAGGGCGU